CUGCACCCUAUCGGGGAGUCUCUGGAGAGGAUGACAACUGUGGCAGGCUCUUCCGCUCAGGUCUUCAUUGUCUUGAAAGCCAACUGCCAGUUCUUUGUCUCCUCACUCCACCUUUAUCACGUGCUGUGGCAUAUUACCAUACAAUGAAGACAAAUUUGUUAAGUUCUGAAGAUUAGUGGUCUGAGGUCUGUCUGUAGUACUAAAGCCCUAGGGCAUCUGCUUCUGAAGACUCAGGAGAGCAUCCUUGGCCUUACCUGGGCCACUUGCCACCCACCAGCGGCCAUCCACAGUCCUGGAAGGGUGACCCUGUCUCCUUCAAACCCAGCAGGUGCGCACCGUCACCUGUGCACUCUUGGGCCCCCACUUCUGGGUGCUGUCACUUUCUCCGUGUAUGGUCAGCCGGCCCUCCUCUUAGGACACACAGGCUUACCCAGGUCUGCUGGAGCAGUUCAGGAUCACUCCCCAUCUUGGUCCCAAAGCACCUACUGAGGCCUGCUGCCAUCUAAGGAGCGUAUUUUCGGGGUGUGAGGAUCAGGACGUAGCUGUCUGGAAAGCGCUGCUCAGCUUCCUUCCCUGCUUGCGUUUGGUGCUUACUUUGAGUUCUUUAAACAGAUCUUGUCCAUCUCCGGAGAGGUGGGCGCGGCCCUGAUCCCAGCUGCGUGGGAGGCCGAGGGAGGAGAAUUGGAAGUGCAAGACCAGCCAGGAGAAUUUGUGCCAGAGUCCGCCAGGAAUGUGGAACAGAGGUGCCGGCAAGGGCUGCUGCAGUAUGGAGCCUCAGCUCGGCUUUAAGAGGAGGUCAGAGCUGCCCGCUGCCGAAGGCCCAGAGGUCAGAGCUGACAGAGGGAAGGUAAGAGAAGACCAAGACCAAAAAGGGGGUGACUGGAGCAGAGGAGCUGGGGAAGCCCUUGAGGUUGCCAUGGCUGCUGUCGACAGCUUCUACCUCCUGUACAGGGAGAUCGCCAGGUCUUGCAAUUGCUACAUGGAGGCUCUGGCCUUGGUUGGAGCCUGGUACACAGCCAGAAAGAGCAUCACGGUCGUCUGCGACUUUUACAGCCUGAUCAGACUGCAUUUUAUCCCUCGUCUGGGCAGCAGAGCAGACCUGAUCAAGCAGUACGGAAGAUGGGCCAUCGUCAGCGGUUCGACUGAUGGGAUUGGAAAGGCCUAUGCUGAAGAGUUAGCAAGCCGCGGUCUCAAUAUUAUCCUAAUUAGCCGGAACAAAGAGAAGUUACAGAAUGUUGCUAAAGACAUCGCGGACACCUACAGAGUGGAAACGGACAUUAUAGUUGCAGACUUCAGCAGAGGCCGUGAGAUCUAUGAUCUGAUCCAAGAAGCGUUGAAAGAGAAGGACAUUGGGAUCUUGGUCAAUAAUGUAGGCGUCUCUUAUCCCUACCCACAGUAUUUCUCUCAGGUCUCCGAGGACAAGCUCUGGGACAUCAUCAACGUGAACAUUGCCGCUGCCAGUUUGCUGGUCCACAUAGUGUUACCGGGAAUGGUGGAGAGAAAGAAGGGUGCCAUUGUCACCAUCUCCUCCGGCUCCUGCUGCAAGCCCACUCCCCAGCUGGCUGCGUUUUCUGCUUCUAAGGCUUACUUAGACCACUUCAGCAGAGCACUGCAGUACGAGUACGCUUCUAAAGGAAUCUUUGUACAGAGCCUAAUCCCGUUCUACGUGGCCACCAACACGACUGCUCCGCGAAGCUUUCUGCGCAGGUGCUCAUGGCUGGUGCCCUCGCCCGAAGUGUACGCGCAUCACGCUGUUUCUACCCUCGGGAUUUCCAAAAGGACCACGGGGUACUGGUCGCACUCCAUUCAGUUUCUUUUUGCGCAGUAUAUGCCUGAAUGGCUCUGGGUAUGGGGAGCGAAUGUUCUCAACCGCGCGUUACGAAAGGAGGCCUCGUCCUGCACAGCGUGAGUCGGGAUGAUGCGUGAAGCCUUGCCAACUCCUGGGACCCUGCAGUGUUCUGGCGUUUGCAGAAGGACAUUUCAUUUAUCGUAUGUGUUUUCCUUCGUGACUGAUUAUCUAGCAUCCUGUCAGUUCACCGUUUGCAAGGCAGACCUUGAGAGUGCUGUGGCCUCUAGGGCUCGCUGGAUGGCGUGGCGUCAGUGAUGACUAACGCAUAAAGAACUGCUGGAAGAAACCUAAAUGUCAAUGCUUUGUAUCUAACCUGUUAAAAAGUUGUGUAAUUUGUGUUGUUCUAGGAGCCGCAGGGACCUAGCACUUAGGAUUUGAUUUGUCAGCUCCUACAAUUUCAAAUGUUAUUUUGUGAGAGAAAUUACCUACUUCCCUUUAUAGAUGACUCUGUCUUGGUUUUCAUGUGUUGGUCAGGAAAACUACGGAAAAGUAUGAUUUGGUAACUGAGAGCACAGUGGUGGCAUGGUAGAAGUCCAUGCGUCCUGCUGAAUAGCUCCCUGUUUUGGGGUGUGUGUGUGUGUGUGUGUGUGUGUGUGUGUAGAUGCUGCUCUUUCCUUAGGUUUUCCUAGAGAAAUGUGUGAUGUGUGUGUCUGAGGAACUUUGUGUGUGGUUGUUACUUUACACAAGACUUCUUGUCAAGGUAACAUGGAACCUUACAGGGUAUCAACAGUCUAGGUCAUUCUGAACAAGCCUCACAUUGAACAAGCCUACCUGCUUUUGUGUUGUAGGCUUGCUGUGUCUAGUCCUGUUUCCUCCAGCCAUCUUUGUUUUUUUCAGCUCUGUGGAAUGAAAUCCUCAACUUGGAUAUGUAAUGGUCAUCUUUUGAUCUGUAAGAUGUGACUAAGUAAUGAUUUCUCAGCCUAUCAUCCAUUUUAUAAAUGAAAUUGAACCCUGUAGAGCUUGUUAAUCUGGUUUUCAUACAGUUUUCUAUGUAAUACCCCAUUCCAGUAGCAUUUUUGAUGUAUUUAUGAAGAGUGUUUAAAGUAGUGUCAAAUUAUGUGUGUGGUAUAUCUGUUGAAAUAGUAAGUUUAAAGCUCAUUUUCGGUUGUGUAGUGAAUUUACACAUAGCGAUCAUUUUUAUUAAUGUGAAGGUAAUUAUGCACAAGCCCCCCAGUAGGGAUUAGCAUUGAAACCUACUGUGAAAUAUCUUUAAUUCGGGUCCUAGAAGCCCAAUCAUUUUUGAGGGCCACAUACCUACCACUUUGAAAACUUUUAAGUCACUGUAAGAAUAUGGCAGCAUGUAUAGAUUUAAAAUUUAGAACUUAAUAUUGUGACACUGAUGCGGAAGGUAGGAAAUAGGUCAAAAGUCAAGGCUGAUUGUUUUCCUUUGGGGUACCCUAGCGUAAGCCUGAGCAGGCUUUGAUGUUAAGCACACAGCCUGGCCGAGAGGACAUUGCCUGCGGCAUUUCUGACUGUGACUUGGACUCAGAAGGUCAAUGUUUAGUUCCAAAACUCUUUCACUCCUCAGUCCUGUCUUCAGAAUGUUAGGCUGGAGAACGGCAC